AAAAAAUCAAAUCUUUUCACGUUCCAUUACACAUAUUGCAGCAAUUAUUCAUUUUCCUUUACUUUUUUUUCCCAUCUUCUUCAAUUAAUAUUUUUCUCUCUCUUCGUGUGUCUACUUUUGUUCCUAUGCCAGCUCUGCAUGCUCCUUUCUCAUCCCAAUAAACAUUUUUCUCCUUUUUUCCUAUAUUUUCGCUCUGAAGAAACUUCCCCUUUUUUAUCAAGAUUUUUCGAGAAAGAGAGAAUUGAAGAGAUCCCUUUUGUUGAUUGGCAAGUCGGUUCACAUUGUCAAUAGAAGCUUGAAAAUCUAGAAGGUUAUCGUACGAUGUCUACCUCAGCAAAAGCUCUAGAACCUGCUUUUCAGGGAGCGGGUCAGAAAGUAGGGACUGAGAUUUGGAGGAUUGAGAACUUCCAACCUGUUCCUCUACCAAAAUCUGAUUAUGGUAAAUUCUACUCUGGAGAUUCUUAUAUUAUUCUUCAGACUAGUCCUGGCAAGGGAGGUGCUUAUCUUUACGACAUUCACUUCUGGCUUGGGAAGGAUACAAGCCAGGACGAAGCUGGGACUGCAGCUAUCAAAACUGUUGAACUUGAUGCCAUUCUUGGUGGCCGUGCUGUGCAGUAUAGAGAAUUACAAGGGCACGAGUCUGACAAAUUCUUGUCAUAUUUUAAACCUUGUAUUAUACCCUUGGAAGGUGGUGUUGCAUCUGGGUUCAAAACACCUGAACAAGAAGAAUUCGAGACGAGGUUAUAUAUUUGUAGGGGAAAACGAAAUGUUAGAUUGAAGCAGGUCCCAUUUUUGCGGUCCUCUCUGAAUCACGAUGAUGUCUUUAUUCUCGAUACUAAAGAGAAGAUAUAUCAGUUCAAUGGUGCAAACUCGAAUAUCCAAGAGAGGGCAAAGGCAUUAGAAGUGAUUCAGUUUUUGAAGGAGAAGUAUCAUGAAGGAACAUGUGAUGUUGCCAUUGUUGAUGAUGGGAAAUUGCAAGCCGAGACAGAUUCUGGUGAAUUUUGGGUCCUAUUUGGUGGAUUUGCUCCAAUUGGUAAGAAGGUUGCUACUGAAGAUGAUAUCAUUCCAGAGAAGACACCUGCCCAGCUCUACAGCAUUAUUGAUGGUCAAGUUACGAGUGUAGAUGGUGAACUUUCCAAGUCACUUCUGGAAAACAACAAAUGUUAUUUAUUGGAUUGUGGUGCUGAGGUAUUUGUUUGGGUUGGCCGGGUAACUCAAGUUGAUGAGAGAAAAACUGCCAUGCGAGCUGCAGAGGAGUUUGUGGUUAGACAAGAUAGGCCAAAGGCAACGCGUAUAACUCGAGUUAUUCAAGGUUAUGAGACUCAUUCAUUCAAGUCCAACUUCGAUUCAUGGCCGUCAGGAUCAGCUCCUGUUGCUGAAGAAGGAAGGGGAAAAGUAGCUGCUUUACUGAAGCAGCAAGGUGGUGUCAUGAAGGGAGCAAGUAAGAGUGUUCCAGUAAAUGAGGAAGUUCCACCUUUGCUUGAAGGAGGUGGAAAAACAGAGGUUUGGCGCAUAGAUGGUAGUGCUAAGACCCCAGUGCCUAAUGAAGACAUUGGUAAAUUUUACAGUGGGGAUUGCUACAUUUUGCUCUACACUUACCAUUCUCAUGAACGAAAAGAAGAUUACUACUUGUGUUAUUGGAUCGGUAAAGACAGCAUUGAGGAGGACAAAAAUACGGCUGCUAAAUUGUCCGCCACAAUGUGUAACUCGCUGAAGGGAAGGCCAGUGCUGGGUCGUAUAUUUCAAGGCAAAGAGCCCCCACAGUUUGUUGCUAUUUUUAAGCCUAUGGUUAUCCUUAAGGGGGGACUGAGCUCUGGUUAUAAGAAUUAUAUAGCUGACAAAGGUUUAAAUGAUGAAACAUACACUACUGAUGGUGUUGCACUCAUCCGCAUAUCAGGAACUUCUCUGCAUAAUAACAAAGUUGUCCAAGUGGAACCUGUGGCAACAUCCUUAAAUUCAUACGACAGUUUCCUGCUGCAAUCUGGAUCUUCGAUGUUCAGUUGGCACGGUAAUCAAGGCACUUUCGAACAGCAACAGUUAGCAGCCAAAGUUGCCGAAUUUCUAAAGCCUGGAGCCACCAUCAAACACACUAAAGAAGGAACCGAGAGCUCUUCCUUCUGGUUUGCCCUUGGAGGAAAACUAAGUUACACUAGUAAGAAGGUUUCUUCUGAGGUUGUCAGAGAUCCUCACUUAUUUGCAGUCUCCUUCAAUAAAGGGAAAUUCGAGGUGGAAGAAGUGUACAACUUUUCGCAAGAUGACCUAUUAACCGAAGAUAUAUUGAUUCUCGACACACAUGCUGAAGUUUUUAUUUGGAUUGGCCAAUCAGUGGACUCCAAAGAGAAGCAAAAUGCUAUUGAAUUUGGGCAGAAAUACAUUGAGAUGGCUGUUUCACUCGACGGGUUGCCGCCAAAAGUCCCGUUAUACAAAGUCACAGAAGGGAACGAACCGUGCUUUUUCACCACAUAUUUUUCAUGGGACCAUGCUAAAGCUAGUGCGCAUGGGAACUCAUUCCAGAAAAAGGUCAUGCUUCUCUUUGGUGCUGGUCAUCAUUCUGCAGAGACUGACUCGGUUAGAGCUUAUCUUCAAAACCAGGAUAAGUCCAAUGGGUCUAAUCAAGGGGGACCCACUCAAAGAGCUUCGGCUUUGGCCGCCUUAAACUCGGCAUUCACUUCAUCACCGUCCCCGAAAUCUGGCUCGACUCCACGCUCUGGUGGGAAAAGUGGGGGUUCACAGAGAGCAGCUGCAGUAGCUGCUCUCUCUUCUGUUUUGACUGCCGAAAAGAAAGGUUCGCCAGACGUGUCUCCCGCACGGUCGAGUCGGGGCCCACUUUCAGAAGCCAGUCCUCCCGCUUCCGCGAAAAGUGAAGAUUCUUUUGAUAUUGAGGACUCCAAAGAAGUCCCAAAUGUAGUCGAGCCCGCAUUAGAGCCUAAUGGGGAGAAUUCAGGGUCAAAACCGGAGGUUGACCAGGAUGAAAGUGGCUCGGAAAAUAGUCGGAGCAUAUUUAGUUACGACCAGCUGAAGUCCAAAUCCGAUAAUCCUGUUACAGGAAUCGACUUUAAACGCAGAGAGGCUUACCUCUCGGAUGACGAGUUCGAAUCUGUGCUGGGAAUGACCAAACAAGCAUUCUACAAGCUGCCCAAGUGGAAACAGGACAUGCAUAAAAGGAAAGUUGAUCUCUUCUAGAAAUGGAAAUUGCUGAAAACAUUAAAAAAAUAAAAAGAAAAAAAAAUCUUGCAAAUUCGAAGUGCUAGUUUGUUCGGCUCUGAUUUUUUCUUUUUUCUUUUUUUUUUUGUAUUUUUAUUUUUCGUUUGUGGA